CGCACAAUUGUCAUUCUUAUUUUUUUUUACCUUGUCAUCAUUGCCAUCCAAAUCUUAUCACAAUGGUCUCUUUCUCUAUUUUGACCGUUUCCGCUCUGGCAACGUUAGCCGUUGCUGCUACUGUCCCAAGCAAGGCGCCCCCAACACAACUUUCCAAGACCUUCGAGCUAAGACUCCGUCUGGUGAACAAGAAGCAAGACCUGCCGGCCGGCAUGGACAAUGCUCGUGUGGUUAUUGAUACCAUUACCGACUCCGACAAAUACUAUCGCCUAGUUGCAGUCACUGGUGGUCAUACACGUACUUACGUUGUCAAUGGCACCAAGGCUGAUGUUGCCCAUGGAAAGGGGACUGUUCUCGAUAACCAGGACACAAGCUCUGGCAACGUCUUUUUGGGCAAGGACAGCCAGAAAGGCAGCCGCCCCCUCCGCAUCAGCACUGUUGCCUCCAAGCUGAGCCCAGAAGCUGUUACGCUCUCUCCUGCCUCUGACCCGUAUUCAUACCUUUUGCCAAAGACCAACUACGUGGUCUGCAACAACGACACGGCCAGCGCGGCGGCUCUUGCUGUGCAGCGUCCCACCAUCUCUUAUCCCAUUAGAAGUCUAAACUCGAACGACAACGUUCCCGACGGCUGUGUCCCUGUUCGUAUCUACCCGCUGUGUAGCGACAGUGCCGCCAACUACCCAUUCGCGCAGCCUUCUCGAUGCUAUCCUGCAGACGGCCUACCUCAGUAAUUACGCAACGGUUACAGAGGCUAGCUAAGCCUUGCAUUAAAGGUCGAGCUAGCUUUAAUGCCAAUCAUUUGGUAGCUGGUCUAGCCACGGAGGCACCUUUACGACCCGCAUAACGAAAUACAAUUAGCUAAGGUUGGAAUAUUCGAGUGAUUAUAUCGUUAAAUAUAUUGAGAUAGAAAGAGA